UUCUCAAUUCUUCUUUAAUCAUUUAUCUUUUCAUAUUUGUUAAUUAAAUUUAUAACAAGCUUCACAUAUUUUCCGAACUGGGUUUUCAUUUUCAUUUCGAAAAAUCUAUUUUACCCUUUUCUUCCCAUUUUCUCUGUUUUGACAUCCAAACAGUCUUAUAAUUUCACUGUUCCAGUCUAGUUUUCUUAUUUUUGAAGGUGAAAAUAAUGGAAUCGGACUCUUCUUCAGCUCCUCAAUUCUGCACUGAUUUGAUCGGAAAUUGGUUUAGUUAUUUGCACAACUACAAAACCAACUUUGAGAAUCUCAAGGCACAUGUUGAGAAGCUUUCUCUUGUCAAACAGCGUGUGCUACAUAUGAUUGAGGUUGCUAGAAGAAAUGGAGAAGAGGUAGAUAUGGACGUUCAAGAGUGGUUGAUUAGUGUGAACAAGUUCAUCAAUGAGGCAAAUACGAUUAUUGAAGAUGAAUCGAAAGGAAAGAAGAAAUGUUUUGGGGGGUUAUGUCCUAAUUUGGGAACUCGCCAUCAGCUUAGUAAGAAAGCAGUGAACGAAGUUAAGGCUAUAGUUUUACUCCUGUCUCAAGGAGAAAAAUUCCAUGAAAUCUCCUCCCGUACCAUUCCAGAGGAGAUUUCCAGCUUGAUUACUUCAAGCCAAAAUCUGUUUCUUUCUCUGCGGAACUACAAGAGAUACUAUGAGAAACUCGUUGUCGAAGUUGAGAAGCUGAUGGAUAACAAGGAGCGUGUGCAGCGCAGGAUGGAGGUUUCUAGAAGAAAUGGAGAAGCGAUUUAUGAAGAUGUUUUGAAGUGGGUAAUGAGUGUUGGAGAGCUUGUUGAUGAUACAAGAAGGACUUUUGAAGGCUUUAAGCAGAAAGGAAAUAGCCGAUGUUUCAUUGGGCUGUGUCCUGAUCUGAGAGCCCGUUAUCAUCUCAGCAACAAGGCGGUGAGGCAACUGAAGGCUGUUGCUGAACUCCGGGGAGAGGGAGUGUUUGACAAAGUUUCUUACACUAUCAUUCCACCUAACAUAUGGCUUACUUCUACCAAAGUUUACCAGAAUUUUGGAUCAAGAAGUUCCACUUUGCAGGGUCUAUACAGCUCAUUAAACGAUCCUAAUAUCGAUAUAGUUGGGGUGUACGGAAUGGGUGGCAUUGGCAAGACUGUGUUAGUGAAGCAAGUAGCAGCUCGAGCUGAGACAGAGAAGCUCUUUGAUGUUGUGAUUUUCGCAGAGGUAACCUCAAAACCCAACAUAAAAAAGAUUCAAGGAGACAUUGCAGAUCAUCUAGGCUUGCUAUUCCGUCAGGAGGAUGAAGUAGGCAGAGCAAUUAGGCUAUUUGAUCGAUUGAAGAAAGAGAAGAACGUCCUUGUUAUAUUAGAUGAUAUCUGGACUACUCUUGAUUUGAGGAGAGUUGGAAUUCCUGUGGGAUAUGAGCAGGAGGGAUGUAAGGUAUUGUUAACGUCCAGAUAUCAUGAUAUAUUAAGACGGAUGGGUUCUCAACAUAAUUUUGCUGUUAGUGUUUUAGAUGAAGAAGAAGGUUUUAGUCUAUUCAGGAAAAUCGCAGGUGAAUCUGCAGAAAACCAGGAGUUGCAGUCCUUCACAAUUGAGAUAGCCAUGGCAUGUGGAGGCUUGCCUCUUGCCAUUGCUUCAAUUGCAAUUACAUUAAGAGGCAAGGGUAUAUCUACAUGGAAGAAUGCAUUGAGAAAUUUGAGAAGGCCAUCCUCAAACAACUUUACUGGAAUGCUUGCUGAUGUAUAUACAAGUAUAAGGUUGAGUUAUGAUGAUUUGAAAAGUCUGGAACUCAAGUCAACUUUUUUGCUUUGUAGUCUAAUGAUAUAUUCUGGUGAUGCUUCUGUUAUGGAGUUGUUAAAAUAUGGAAUGGGUUUGGGCUUAUUUAAAGAAAUUAGUAGUGUGGAAGAAGCACGAAAUAGAGUAUAUGCAUUGAUUCAUGAACUCAAAUGCUGUUGUUUGUUACUAGAUGGUCAUUCUAGUGAAUGGUUUUCUAUGCAUGAUAUGGUUCGUCUUGUUGCCAUAUCAAUUGCAUCUAGAGAUCAACAUGCAUUGACACUGACAAAUGGGACUACAGAUUGGCUAGAUAAGGAUGCACUUAGAAGAUGCCAGGUAAUCUUCAUAUGUGACAGUAAUAAUAGAGAGCUUCCUGAAGGUUUGGAAUGUCCACAACUCACUUUUUUCAAUCUUCUCGUGCAAAAUUCGAUUAUGAAAACUCCAGACAGUUUUUUCUCUGGAAUGACACAACUCACUGUUCUAAACUUGACCAAAAUGCACUUAUCACCAUUACCUUUCUCACUUUGUCUCUUAGUAAAACUUCGGACAUUGUGUUUGGAUCAGUGCAUAUUGGGAAACAUAACUGGUAUUGGAAACUUGAAGAACCUAGAAAUCCUCAGCUUAUCACAUUCUGAUAUUAAGUUUUUGCCUAAAGAUAUAGGUCAAUUGACUCGGCUGAGGAUGUUAGAUAUGAGUGAUUGUUCCAAACUGGAAGUUAUUUCACCAAAUGUUAUAUCAAGUUUAUCUUGCUUAGAAGAAUUGUAUAUGAGUAAUAGCUUUCUUCACUGGGAAGUUGAAGGGCUCAGCUUUGAAGGAAGAAAUGCUAGCCUUAAUGAGUUGAAGCAUUUGUCUGAAUUGACAUCUUUAGAAAUAUGUAUUAAAGAUGCCAAUAUUCUACCGAGAGAUCUUGUUUCUAAGUUGAUAAGAUAUAGGAUAUUCAUAGGUGAUGGUUGGGACUGGUUCAGGGAGUAUGGGACUUUAAGAACGUUGAAACUCAAGGGAAAUACUAGCAAGCGUGGGAUUACUAGGCAUUUAAACGGAAUCGAAGAACUAUAUUUAGAUGAAUUGCUGGAUGUAGAUAAUGUUCUUUAUCAAUUAAAUCUUACGGGUUUUUUACAAUUGAAGCAUCUCCACGUUCAGAAUAUUUCCUCCUUGCUAUGUAUUGUUGACCCAACGGACAAGGAGCCUGGUCAUGCUUUUCCCCACUUGGAGUCACUGCUUCUUCACAAUUUGAUUAACUUGGAGACGAUAUUUAAAGGUCAAUUCACCGAAGAGUCAUUUUGCAAUUUAAAAAUCAUCAAGGUGGAAAAGUGUGAUAGGUUGAAAUAUGUCUUCUCAUUUUCUCUUAAUAGACAGCUUCAACGAUUUCGAGCACUUGAACCAGGUCAUGCUUUCCCCUACUUGGAAUCACUGUAUCUUCACAAUUUGCUUAACUUGGAGAUGAUAUUUAGAGGGCAAUUCAGUGAUAAGUCAUUUUGCAAUUUAAAAAUCAUAAAGGUGGAAAAGUGUGAUAAGUUAAAAAAUAUCUUCUCACUUUCUAUUGCUAGAGGGCUUCCACAACUUCAAACACUUGAAUUCAAUGAAUGCAAUAAUAUGGAACAUAUAUUUUUUCCUGAAACAAUUGCAGAUAUUUAUGUUGAUGACAGUGAAGAAGACAUCAACAAAGAAGUGGUGAACAAGAUUGAAUUUGGUCAUAUACACUCCUUGACUUUGAAAUCACUUCCAAAACUCAGAAGCUCUUGCUUGAAAGUAACAUUGUUUGAUGAAGUCGUUUUGGAGGAAGUGGUUGACUCAAACACACCACUUUUCAGUGAAAGGGUUUUGUUUCCCAUGUUGCAGGUACUGGAACUGGCUGAAAUUAAUAUUAAGAAGAUUUGGCACAAUCAACUUCCAUCAAAGUCUUCCUCCAUUCAAAAUUUAACACAUUUAAUCUUGCAAGGAUGUGGUAAAUUAAACUAUAUUUUUUCUUCUUCUAUAUUACGAAGCUUUGUGAACCUCGAGCACCUUGAAAUAUGCCAUUGUGAAAUUCUAGAAGUGGUAAUAUUCAUGGAUGAGUUCUGUGAAGAGGUAAGUAAGGAAAAUUUCUUCCCUUGUUUAGAGUGCCUGGUGAUGAAAGAUCUUGAAAAACUUACAAGAUUUUGCUCAGAAAAUUACGUCGAAUUUCCAUCCCUGAAAAAAUUGGAGAUAGAGCAAUGUCCUCAAUUCAAGUCAUUCGUCUUGACAAACAUAAACACAGACUCAGAGGAGAUUCAACCUUUCUUCACUGAAAAGGUUGUGUUACCUAGCUUAAAGGAAAUGAUAAUUUCUGGCAUGGAUAACUUAAAGGUGUUAUGGAAAAAAGUCUUCUGGCAUUCUUUCCACAAGCUAAAAUUAAUGGAAAUCAAGAACUGUGAUAAGCUAUUGACUGUUUUUCCUUUAGAUAUGUUUGAAAAGUUCCAGCAGUUAGAAACACUAACUGUUACUGCUUGUGGUUCAUUGGUAGAGAUAUUUGAUCUCCGGACGCCAUAUUUGCAAGCUCGAUUAAAAGAAUUGUAUAUCCAUGGUCUACCAAAACUGAGGCAUAUAUGGAAAACAAAGCCCCAAAUAGGGCUUUCCUUUCCAAAGCUCUGCUUAGUGAAAGUUUUAGAAUGCCAGAAUCUAGAAAAUGUUUUUCCAGCCUCCAUUGCCAGGAGCCUUUUUGAACUUGAAGAGCUUGAGAUAGUUAAUUGUGGAGUGAAAGAGAUUGUCUCAAAAGAAGAAAGGGGAGAAUCAACCGUUAGGUUUGUCUUUCCACGGAUAACAUUCCUCAAAUUCUCGAUGUUGCCACAACUUAGAUGUUUCUAUCCUGGAACACAUACUUCAGAAUGGAUGGCAUUAAAAAAGUUGGAGGUGUGUGAUUGUGACAAUGUUGAGAUAUUCAUUUCAAAAUUUCUCAGCAAUCAACUUGAUGUACCAGCAAAACAACCCCUCUUCUUGGUUGAAAAGGUCAUCCCAAAUUUGGAGGAACUGAAAUUAGGUGGAAAGGUUGUUGCAAUGAUAUGGCAAAGGGCGUUUCCAGAACUCCUGUUUCGUAGAGUUGAAGUUCUUCUCAUUGUUAGAGAUGAAUUAGAUGUUUUACCAUUUCAUGCCUUUCAAAGAUUUCAGAAUUUGGAAAAGCUUAUCCUAAAUCGUGGUUCAUAUGAAGAGAUAUUUUUAGAUGACGAGGUAGACGGACAAAAUGGACAAGCCAGUAUAUCGACACAGAUUAGAGAAUUAAAGUUGUUUGAUCUUUCGAAUCUAAAGUUCAUGUGGAAACAAGAGUCAAAGCUUAGCACAUUACUUCAGAAUCUUGUCAUUCUUGAUGUAUGGUGGUGUCAUAAUUUGAUUUAUUUAGUGCCAUCCUCGGCAUGUUUCUACAAUCUAACAGUUUUGGAAUUGUGGUUCUGCAAAAAAUUGAAGAACUUAGUAGCACUCUCAACAGCCAAAACCUUGGUGCAUCUCAAAGAAAUGAAGAUUGGUGGGUGUGAAAUGAUGAUAGAAGUAGUAGCAAAUGAGGGAUAUGUAAUAAAAGAAGUCGAGAUUAACUUUUGCAAAUUGAAGAGUUUAACACUUUUUGGUUUAGAAAGUCUUAGGAGCUUCUGCUCUGGGGAUUAUACUUUCAUAUUCCCGUUAUUAGAAGAAUUAUUUGUAAUAGAAUGUCCAAAUAUGACUUUUUUCUCAGGCGGAGUUUUAAGCACACCAAUCCUACAGGCAGUACAACAGAGCUGGGCAGCAGAUGUAUGGCGUUGGGACGGUGAUCUUAAUACAACCAUAUGGCAAUUGCAGAAGAAAAUGAAAGGUUGUGCUUAGUGCUCAAAGGCUUCUAUCUUUUCUAGCUGGAGGAAACCUUGGAGAAAUUAAUGCACAAAGCAAGCAGUUGAUUGGUUGUCCCUUGGACUUGUUUGCAAUAUAAAUGGUGCCAGGUUUGUGAAAAAUAUCAACGAUAUUAUAGAUGUAAUACAUAUAAAAUGACUCACUUUGACCCCACCUGACUCAGUUGACAAAUAUGGGUGGUAUCAUAUUUUUUUUGUUGUUAUACUUAUUUGAGUUAGUAUAAUUUCUCAUAUAAGGGUUAUUUCCCUUUCAGAAAAAUUAAGGUCGUCCAAUUCUUUCUCAAGCUAGGUGGGAUUUGUUUAUCCGAAAUCACUUAGUUGUUGCUACGAUCUUGGAAUUGGCUUUUAUUUAUUUUUACUUAGUAUAUAUUGAUUCGGUGAAUUAAGAC